GGCAGCUCGGGCUCGGCCGGCUUCGUGUGGGGGUGCGGGAGUGAGUGCUGCUGGCAUGCGAGUGCGCGGGUGACGCGAGGGAGAAGCCGCCGCCGCCACGGAUUACAUCGCCGCCGCCGCCGCCGCCGGCCCAUGCGCGCCCGUGCUGGCAGGUGAGGCGCCCGCCCCCGGCCCGGCGGCGGCGCACAUCAUGAGCCAGCUGGGGACCGUGUACGCCACCAAGAGGCGGCGCCGCAACGGCAAGAGCCUGAAGCCGCCGCCCAAGGACGGCGUGACCAAGAGCAAUCCGUCCAAGAGGCACCGCGAGCGCCUGAACGCCGAGCUGGACACCCUGGCGAGCCUGCUGCCCUUCGAGCAGAACAUCCUGUCCAAGCUGGACCGCCUGUCCAUCCUCCGGCUGUCCGUGUCCUACCUGCGCACCAAGAGCUACUUCCAAGUGGUCAUGCACAAGGACAAGGAGGACGGCCUGCACCACGACUCGCAGUUCAGGAACCGCGACCUCACCGCGUACGACCACUCGCUGCUGGACGGCGACAUGUUCCUGCAGGCGCUGAACGGCUUCCUGCUGAUGCUCACGUGUGAGGGAGAGGUGUUCUUCGCAACGCACAGCAUCGAGAGCUACCUCGGCUUCCACCAGUCGGACAUCGUGCACCAGUCGGUGUACGAGCUGGUGCACUCGGAGGACCGCGAGGAGCUGCAGAGGCAGCUCAUGUGGAACUCGUUCCUGCCGCCCGAGUCGGCCAACAUGAGCCUGCAGGACGUGCUGCAGGCCGACAACACCCACCUGCUGGAGCGCAGCUUCACCGUGCGCUUCCGCUGCCUGCUGGACAACACCUCGGGCUUCCUGCGGCUCGACAUCCGCGGCCGCGUGAAGGUGCUGCACGGCCAGAACCGCAAGACGGAGGAGCCGCCCCUGGCGCUGUUCGCCCUGUGCACGCCCUUCGGCCCGCCCUCGCUGCUGGAGAUCCCGCACAAGGAGGUCAUGUUCAAGAGCAAGCACAAGCUCGACCUGGCGCUCGUGUCCAUGGACCAGAGGGGCAAGAUGCUGCUGGGAUACUCAGACGCCGAGCUCGCCAACCUGGGCGGCUACGACCUCGUGCACUACGACGACCUGGCGUACGUCGCCAGCGCGCACCAGGAGUUGCUGAAGACGGGCGCCUCGGGCAUGAUCGCCUACCGAUACCAGACGAAGGAGGGCCAGUGGCAGUGGCUGCAGACGAGCUCGCGCCUCGUCUACAAGAACUCCAAGCCGGACUUUGUCAUCAGCACGCACCGCCCGCUCAUGGAGGAGGAGGGCCGGGAUCUGCUCGGCAAGCGCACCAUGGACUUCAAGGUCAGCUACCUGGACGCCGGCCUCACCAACAGCUACUUCGCCGACUCGGAGCCGCUGCUGGGGGCGGCCGGCUCGCCCGGGCCCGCCGCCUCCAGCGCGCCGGCCCCGCAGCGCGUCAACCGCCGCUACAAGACGCAGCUGCGCGACUUCCUGUCCACGUGCCGCACCAAGCGCAAGCUGGCCGCCGCCUCCGCGCACGCGCCGCCUCCCCCGCCCCCGGCCAUCGACUACAUGGCGGCCGGCGACUCGUCGACGGCGACGGCGGCGGCUGCCGCGGUGGCGGCGGCCUACUCCAACCUCAACACCAUGUACACGGCGCCGUACGGCUCGGGCGCCUCGCAGCAGGCCGACUACUCGCUGUCGCACUCGGCGGGCUCCUUCCACCAGGGCCUGUACGCGUCGCCGCUCGACAACCGCUUCCUCGCGUCCUCCGAGACCCUGUUCCACCAGUACCGGCCGCUCGGCUCCUACUACCCCGACUACCACGCCGCGCCCUACGUGGGCAACGGCUUCCUGGACGUGUCGCCGCGCUACGAGCCGCAGCUGGCCGUCAAGGAAGACAAGCUGUACCCCUGCCAGCAGCUCUCCGCGUCGCCGGGCCGCGCGCGGCCGUCAACCCCGCUCGAGUCCUCCAACUCGGCCGCCUCGUCGCCCAAGGCGGAGCUGCCCCUGCACUGCGACGCGCCGCGCCAGACCGUGCUGAUGUGGAGCAGCGCCGGCGGCGGGGCCGGCCACCAGUCGCCGCCGCCGCCAGCCCCCGCCGCCGCCGCCGUGCACAACGGCUCGUACCAGCCCGCCAAGAAGUACGGCGCCGACCCGCUCAAGUCGCUGGCCGACAUGCACCUGCCGCAGGGCGAGGGGGCGUGCAAGUGGAGCUCCCCGCCCGCCAGCCCCAAGCCCUACCCGCCCCCGCCCCCGCCCCCGCACCAGGCAGCCGUGUACGGCGAGGCGGGCGGCGGCGAGGUAUGGCCCGUCCACCAGUACCACCAGUACUAUCCCUACACCGCACCGUACCACCACCACCACCACGCACCCCACAGCUCCGUCGGCAACACCGCCUACCCGCAGAUAAACAGGACGGGAGUCCUCUGCUGUCCAUCUCUGAGGUGACCAACACCCUCCUCAACAGCAGCCACGACUAACGGUUGGCCAACCUGAGUGAACACCUCACCGUGUGCGGGAACUGAAGUGCGGAUAGCGGAUACUGGAUCUCGAGUUGUAGGAACAGUAAACAAAAUAAUUGCCAUCUCUUUCUUAUAAAAUUUAUAUAUACAUAUAUAAAUAAUUAUAAAAACAGCAAAGUGUUUAUCUAAUAUCAUUUUAAUGGUAUUCGCUUCAGUACUCAGCAAGUCAUAAAGAACUUUUUUGAUUAAUUAUGCUAUUUGUGUGUGUAAUAUUUCUCUGUUCCUUUUUGUUGUAAAGUUAUUUGUAAAUCAUCUCAUUAUCCAAUAUUAACUAAUAUUACAACUAUUAUAUAUAAUAUAUGUGUUUUUUCUGUGAUACAUGUCGAAUAUAGUUAUAUGAAGAAUGAUUGUACUAUAUAAAUCGAUAAGUUGAAAAUGUUUCCUGUGUAUAUUGUUUGAGGUGUUUAUAAUUGAAAUGUAGCAAGUGGCAAUAAGACAUUUUAAACUCUACAUUUUGACUCAAAGAGUUGACAAAUACUCACUGUGCGAUGUCUGCUAGAAGUUUUGUUGUGAGAAAAUCACAGGAGAUUAAAAUUGUAACUUAUGCCUUUCAUGUCCGCAUCUGGCAGAUUGCACUUUUGAAAUUUCUAAGCAAUAAUUUUCAUAGAGAAAAAAUCAAAAUUGGUAUGGAUUCUGCACAGAGGUCUGUGAAUAUUUUGAAGAAUAUGUUUUAAAACCAGCAUAUACUAUAGAUCUAGUUUUCACGAAAUGUACAAAAAUUAAAAAUUAGAACCUUUUUUUUCAUAUUUGUAUACUUGAGGUUACUUAUCACAAAGUUUUCAUAGUAAAAUAUUGAAUAUAUAAAUAACUACGUGAAAACUUAUUUAUUUAUUUAAAUAAAUAUGUACAUAUUAUAGUAUUGUGCGUAGUACCAAUGUUCGUGGAAUAUAUUUCAAAAUCAUCAAUUAAUUAAUAUUUUUAAAUGCAUCUAUUGCCUAAUGGCUAAAACCAUUUGCAGUUUUUAAACUUCCGACUUAACACUUAAGUCAAGUUGAUUGAAUUAAAAUGUUUCUUCACCAGAAAUUUUGUGUGAUCAUUUUUGUGAUGUGCUUUGGUUUGCAGAAAGCCGAAAUUGUUUUUGUGUGCUUGUUUUCUUGUGAUGAUGAAGGAAUGUAUGUUGUAUCAUGGAUAUUUGUUGCCGUUCUUAGUGAAUGGUCGACUCUUCCAGAUGUACAAAAUGAUACAAGGCUGUAGCAUUUAUUUGAAUAUAAUUUUCCACUUGAAGCUAGUUUUUGUGAUGUCUGAGCUCUGGUUCUGUCUCCAACUACUACAUCAAUGUGUGUUGCAGCAUGAGAGCCACACACAGGCAAAACUGAACAAUAACUGUGUCCAAUUCUGAAAUGAGCUGUUCGUAGGUUUGAUUUCAGGUUUGCUACAAAAUGCACCGUGUAUCUGCAUUGGAUACAAUACAAGUAAACAGUGGCUCAAUCUUGUUUUGGCCAGACUGCAAAUCAUCUGCAAUCAGAACUCACCAAAAUAUUUAUGCAAGAAAUCAAAGAAUAAAUUUAUGAAUAAAUACUGUAAAUUAUUCUUUUUUUUUUCAGGGAUCAAGAAAGUGUAAAUUACUAUAAAAAAAAGACGAUAGAUUACAACGUUCACUGUUAUAAACACAAAGCUUUGACCAAAUACCAAAAUGUUAGGAUCGCCUCACCAUGAUAUAUGCGUAUGACUAUGUUUACUGACAUUUUCAUAAUGAUAAUGAAAUGUUUCAAAAUAUUACAAAAUUCGACACAGCAGUGCCAGAUGUGAUGUACUGUGAACGGAAUAGUUAAAUACUGCAGCAGUGUUACUGUUAAUAAAGUGUCCUCACCUCUGUGAUAAUACAAAGGUGACAAUAUUAAAAGUAUCUAUUAAAAGAGAUUCAAAACUAAAGUUACAGAAAUUUGUAUUUGUAUUUCUUUUUAAAUACAAGAA